AGGAGGGGAGGAAGAAAGGCGAGGGAAGAGGGGCGGGGGAGAGAUGGAGAGCUAGAGAAAGGCAGGGAGAGAGGCCGAUCCGACGCGGUAGGGACGGAUAAAGGCAGGGGGGCGGGAGGGGCGGAGGGGAGGCGAGGAGGGCGGGGCGCUCGACCCCCAAUCGCGCGGCCGCCGCCUGCGCUGCCCGACUGGAUUUGAGCCGGGCCCGCGGAUCGCUGACCCCGGCGCGCGCUGAAGCAACGCCCCCGCCCCCCGCCGAGGCACCCCCACUUUUCAACUCCGCGGGCGAUGCAGCCGGCUGGGGACGCAGGUCUCCCCUUCUGAUGACAAGGGAAAGGAAGAAUGGAUUACAGUCACGAAACCUCCCUAGUCCCGUGUGGACAAGAUAAAUACAUCUCCAAGAACGAACUUCUCCUGCAUCUGAAGACCUACAAUUUGUACUAUGAAGGCCAGAAUUUGCAGCUGCGGCACCGUGAGGAGGAAGAUGAGUUCAUCGUGGAGGGGCUGCUGAACAUCUCCUGGGGGCUGCGCCGGCCCAUCCGCCUGCAGAUGCAAGAUGACAAUGAACGCAUUCGCCCCCCGCCAUCCUCUUCCUCCUGGCACUCUGGCUGUAACUUGGGGGCUCAGGGCACCAUCCUGAAGCCCCUCACCGUGCCCAACAUUCAGAUCUCGGAAGUGGAUGCCCCACCCGAGAGUGAACAGACAUCGAGUCCCACAGACUCCAGGGGCCUGAAGACCCUGCAGGAAGACACCCCACAGCUGAUGCGCACGCGCAGUGAUGUUGGGGUGCGUCGCCGUGGAAAUGUGAGGACACCCAGUGACCAGAGGCGAAUCAGACGCCACCGAUUCUCCAUCAAUGGCCAUUUCUACAACCACAAGACGUCAGUGUUCACGCCGGCCUAUGGUUCUGUCACCAACGUCCGUAUCAACAGCACCAUGACCACCCCACAGGUCCUGAAGCUGCUGCUUAACAAAUUUAAGAUCGAGAAUUCCGCAGAAGAGUUUGCUUUGUAUGUGGUCCAUACCAGUGGUGAGAAACAGAAGCUCAAGAACACCGAUUACCCGCUGGUAGCUCGAAUCCUCCAGGGCCCGUGUGAGCAGGUCUCCAAAGUGUUUCUUAUGGAGAAGGACCAGGUGGAGGAAGUCACCUAUGAUGUGGCCCAGUACAUAAAGUUCGAGAUGCCUGUCCUUAAAAGCUUCAUUCAGAAGCUCCAAGAGGAAGAGGACCGGGAAGUCAAGAAGCUGAUACACAAGUACACGGUGCUCCGGCUAAUGAUCCGGCAGAGGCUGGAAGAGAUGGCUGAGACCCCAGCAACAAUCUGAGCCGCAAGAGGGAGGGGAUCCAGAUGCCACAGGGGCCGCCGCUGACAUGAGAAGACGCACAGGAAGCUGGGUACCUUCCUUCCGUGGAAACCUUUAGAUGCGGACCUCUCCAGCUCCCACCAAGCCACCAUUUGCUGCCCGGAGCAGGAUGGGGAAGCCAGCAGACAACUCCCCAUCCCUGGAACCCUGUGCUCCGCUCCUUUCUUUCACUCACAAGGACUUUUGAUUUUGUGAUAAGGACCCAAAAUGUGUGCGCGGGCGUGUGUCCGCACAUGAGCGCGUGCGUGCACUGUAAGUGUGUGUAUCCACGUGCCUACCUGACAUUCACAUGCCAUUGAAUUCCAAACAACCAGCACAAGUGCCACGGGGCUUGCAGGUAGGCUGGCUGAGACGGGGAAAAUCAGACGAGUCACCAAUCCGAGGGGUUUAAGUCGGAGGGAAGAUUUCUCUCCUCCAGUGCCAGAGAGCAAGCCACACAUGUUUAGAAGGGAGGGGACUCAGCCAGUGCACCAUUUGGGAUAUUUAUAUGUUAGUAGAGAUUCUCCCCGUACACGUAACAGGAUUGGGGAUUGGAACUUAACAAAAUAACAGCCCCACGCCCCUGGGGGCGUGCGAUGGAAAGACAAAGAUAAACCGUCCUUGGGGUAGCUGCAGUAGGCCCGCAUGUUUUUACACUGGAAACUUGGAUUGUUUUAAAUAACAAAGACAUAUGUGAUGAUCUGCACGGAUUCUGCCUCUGUCCUGGCCUCCACGGCCACGUCUAGGAGAUAGGAGAGGAGCCUGAUGCGCUAAGCAUGCCAGGCUGCUGGCCCCAACUCUUUGGUGCCUCCGUGAGUUGAAGGAAGGGUCUCACCGGUUUGUACGUGGCAGGCUGGCUAGUGUGGCCGGGGCCUGGCCUCGUUCUGGGGUGGCGGCCAGAGAGUUUCCCUCUUUAGGGAAGUGUAGAGGCUCCUUGCAGAAAUGACAGGCCUGUGAGCCCGGCCCGUUUCAUACCACCAGGGGAGAUUCCUGCACUUGAUCCUGAAGCCAUGUGUUUGAAGUCAAGGCUUCAGUCUUUCCAACCACUGGAUUCUUGCAAGUGGCCCUCACCUUGUGUGUGGAGAUGGUCUUCCAAGAGUGAGGAGGCUGCUAUUGACCGGGGUGGGGCCCAGGUUGGGCUGCACAGGGAGGGUGGAGCUUCUCUUUCGGCCUCUCUGAGCAGCCACCUGGGUGAUCUUUAGAGCAGACCCCAAUGCAGGGAAAGGGCAGGACAGUCUGUCCCCGUGGGGUCCCCAUCAGGAAGACUUACGGGCAGCUGGGCAACAGUAUGGCUGACACAGUUUGAAGAGGGACAGAUAUGGGGGGCAGGGUGCCUGGCUGGGAGAUCAACCAAGCAAGGCCAGGAGCUCCUGACAUCAGGGGUCUCAGCCUUGGUGGUGGAGAGACUCCCCAUCUCUUCACCUCCCCUCCGAGGAAGGUUUGGGGAGCUGGGCGGUUGGAGGAAGGAGUGCCAGUGGUCAUCACCUGCAAGGAAGGUGGAGGUUUGCAGCAGAGCGGUUCCUGCCCCCUGCUGUCCCCUGUGGCCUCCGUGGCCUCUGUAGGUGGCUCACAGCUGUGGUCUCAUUGUUGAUUUUCAAAAAGAUGGCACGCUGCCACCUGGCGUGUUGCCGGGGGUCUCUUAGCAAGGCGACCUCCUCCUCAGGGACAACGCCACCAGCCCUGUGGGGUGUGGACUGGAAAUCCGGCGACCUUAGUCUCAAUCAGACAUCUCGGUGGGCCUCUGCUAAAUGCACAGAAAACCCCGGGGGCGGGAGAGGCUUCCUUUGUUACAUACAGAUGGGCGAGAGCGGGUUUGUGAAUGCAAACACACUUCCUGAGUCUUGCCUUUGAGAAAAUGACUUAAACUUCUCUUCCAGUUCUUUUUAUUUUGAAUGUUCGCAGCCUUUGUUGGCCCCAGUAAUUCUCCUUGGUGCGCGAGGCGGAAAAACCCCCACAAAGCAAACUACUAACCACUAACUUUUGUUGGACAGCUAUUUCUGGUUCAUAAGAGUGCUCUUUGAUUUGUACUAGCACUACGAUAGUUUAAAUAUGGAGAUGUUGCAAAACGUCAGGUUUGCCGGAUCCCUUGCCGAGAAAGUGAUGCUAAGGUAGACCUGGCUUUUUAAAGAUGGGGGGCGGGAGGGAUUCAGGGUGGAAGUCAGGGGAAAUCGCAUCUUACAGGAUACGUUCCACAUACUGUGCGCCGUACCUUGUGGCAUUUUGGCCCACCCUGUUUGGAGAUCAUUUCUUACUUCCUAACAACCCGAUCAGGAAUUUUGGAAAGGGCCUUCGAAAUAGCAGCGGCUGAAACAGAGACACUUCACCGCGGUGUGGAGCCGGAUUUUCUCACUGGUAUCACAUGGCCUGGCGGCUUUGAAUUCCUGUACCGAUUUGUAGGGGGUUAUGUAAUUGUGUGCAAUGAACCUGAAAUGGUGUGAGGAACAAAAGGCCAAUUUAUAGGUUUUUCCCCCUAACUUGUGAAAAGCAGUAGAGCCACAUCUGGCUUUCUUUUUCUAGGGGUUUAUGUUACAAGGUGAUCAAAUGAAGGAAAAGCCUGAGUCCAUCUGGCUGGGGAGGGGGUCCGCUCCCCUAGAUGAUGGUGAGAUUAAGCACAAGGUCACGUUCUGGGUGAUCACAUGAGUGGACAGGUGAUGAGUUACAUGGGGGUGGGGGGAUACCUUGCGGAGAGACUGAGAAGCACAGAUAGCAGGCUUGGCUUGCCUGUAUGUGCUGGUGAGGAGUGGGCACCAGGCUGAUGGACUUGGAUUCUAAGCGAGGUUGAGGAGGGAGGAGCUCAGAUUAGCCACCCACCUUCGAGAAAAAUGCGGGGACUGGGGUUUUGGUCCGAGACUUCAAGGAGAAAUAUUUGCACCCUUCCCUCCUCCCUAUGGAAAGAAAACAAUAAUCCUCUCUCCUGGAGAUCCCCAGAUGAAGACAUUUUAUCAUCACUGUAGCUUAGACUUUGAAAUACAAUGACACACACACAGAUCUGUUCUCAGAUGCAAAACUUCUUGGCAUGAAUUCUUUUCUGCAGAGUUGGGUGGUUAUUUCAGAAUGUCAGAAGGAAGAGGAGCAACGGAUCCCAGAAGCGCAAGAAACUCUUAAGAGAGGCUCUGUCAAAAAAAAAAUAAAAAAUGCAAAGGUCCUUAUUAACAUGGAGAAAUAUGGUGCCCUGGAUACAUCGCCAAGAGAGAAAUUUCUGCACGAACAAGGGAAUUUCAGGGCCUCGUGGCCAAACCGUGAUGUGGGGGCUGAGACAGCAAGCAGAGCAAGUCUCCCGCGUCCCCCAUGCUGCAACCCACGUUUUUGAGUUGCUGCUUAAGUUGUACACAAAUUUCUGCCUGAGUCAGGAGAUGAGCAGUGGUCUCUGAUAGGGGGAGAGAGAAAAAUGAAUGUAGCAACCCGCCUUUCAGACGGGACUGAAAGCGGUGACCCCAUCGCGGGAGGUUACAGUGCCCCCUGCAUUUUACCCAAGCACAAGAUGUGGACAGGCGGUGAAGGGAGAGCCUCAGUUUACCCCUGGAGUCUUCCCAGCCGAUCGCAGACCUGCUUCCCCGGCCGAUGGUUUCUGGUGUGUUACUACUGUUAGUGUCCUUGAGGGUUUCCCCACUUGUUUUAGCUUUGUGACGUAUCCUUUUCUUAAUCAUAAUUUGCCCUCUGCAAUGGUACAUGACCAGGUUCACUGUUGGGUUCUGAACUUACAAACGGAUGCAUCUAGGGAUCAUGUUGUAAUUUGACAAGGCCUCAGUAGGGGCGACGCGUUUCUGUAACAUUUUGAUAUGUUUCCAUGCACCAACGUAGAUCUUGUUGAAAUAAAGCACUUUUCAAAGAGAA